AAAGGGGCGGGGGAGCGGAGGCAGGGGGCUCCUGACUGGAAACCAAUGGGGGGCCCGCUCGGCCCCCCGGCCCCCAGCCGCGUUGCCUUGAAUGGCCCCGGUCCGGGCGUACUCGUGGCGGUCGGCAGGGGCUUACGAGCCCCACAGGGACUUCGUGAACCCGAGUCAUCCACCCGAGGACGGCAUGCUCGUCAUGUCCGUUCAAGGUCCUCAAAUGGAAGAGGAAUAACUGAGAGGAGAGAAGAUUUCUCCCUCCCGAGGCUCAUGCCCUACGCCUUUGAUUGUGAUUCUCGCCGCGCCCGGCUCGCUUCUUGUUUACCAACACGAGUGGUUGGGUGCGCGCUCGCGGGGCUGGCGCCUUUGGGCCGCUUUAUUGGCGCCCGGCCACACAGCAGCCGGGCCGCGCGCCGAGCCAAAUGGUCCACUAAAUGUUUACUUCCUUGAAAUAGCGCCGAGUAUGAUCGCCGACCGGCUGGCCACCCGGAAAGCCCCUCCGAUCGCCACAUCGAGGCACGAGGCGGGGCUUCACAAGCCUCCACCACGAGUCGCAGGCCCCGCGCGGGGCUCCCCGUCAGGAGAGACGGCACGACGAGUCAGCGAGGUCCCUCGCGACUGUGCGGCGGCGGCGACUUCAGGCGAGACGCAGCGGCAUUCAUUCACCGUGCCAGAGUGAUACUCGGUUAUUCGCCCGCUCGCGAUUGGAUAUCGAUUGCCUGACCCGGACCCGGACCCGUCCGCGUCGUGGAGAGUGGUGCAGCUCGGCCCGUCGAACAGUGCUCGUUCCGUCGUCUACCAUCGCCAUCGCCACCGCCAGCACCAGUACCAGCUCCAGCACCAGCGCCAGCGCCAGCGCCAGCGCCAACACAAGCCCAGCGCCACCCCCUCAGCGCCGCCCCGCUGGAGCACAGGAUGACAGGGCUGUCCUAACCUCUGCCUGGCUCUCGCCCCUCGCGCCCCGCACCGCCGCCCAGGCGCCGCCCAGGCGCCACCAGCCAGGCGCCAGAGCGGAUCCAGCCAGCACCCGGACACCAGCACCAGGACCAGCACCGCCAGCAGCGAGGAUGGCGCCGCGGUACAGAGUCGUCAUGGUGCGCCACGGCGAGAGCGAGUGGAACCUGCAGAACCUCUUCUGCGGCUGGUACGACGCCAAGCUCAGCGAUAUAGG